CCUGCAUAACUGGAUCAUCAUCUUAAGCAAACAUACUUUCACUUCUGAAUCUGCAUUUUCCUUUCUUGCUCCAAUCCAUGGUAUCUGUGUUUCUUGAUAUCAGAUGAUUUUAUGUACCAGCUUUGUCUGGGAGGAAGUUCAGCUUUUUUUUUGGUUAAUUUAAUAAGGGUAAGGAGCAAGCAAGGUGGUUCAAGUUUUCAAGAUCAGAACUCGCGUUAAAGGAUUAGUCACUACUGUCGGUGGUGGAUACCCUCAGGCUCAUCAAGAAAGUUUCAGACAUUAGAAUAAACAAAGCUGAGUUCCCUCUCCAUCAGCUAUGUUAGAUCAGUUUAGUUUAGUUUUUGGCUUGAAUAAUCAAUUUUAGCAUGGAACCACUAUGUGAGUUUUGUGGGGUUGCAAGAGCUGCGGUUUAUUGCAAGCCAGAUUCUGCUCGUCUUUGCAUGGAUUGUGAUGGCAUUGUGCACUCUGCAAAUUCUCUGUCUCGGAGGCACCCUCGUUCGUUUCUCUGUGAUAAGUGCAAUUUCGACUCAGCAACUGUUCGAUGUAAUGAAUUUAAGCAAAUUCUGUGUCAAGCUUGUGAUUUGAAUUCAUAUGAUUGUAUGGUUUUGGGACAUAGGCAUCAGCCACUGAAUUUCUACACUGGUUGUCCAUCUAAUACUGAGUUUUCGAAGCUUUUGUCACAUGUGUUUGAUGCUAAUUCCUCAUGUGGAGGUUGGGAAUCAGUUACUACAUUGCUUAAAAAUGACACUAGUAAGCAUUUGGAGCAACCUGAUAAGGGUGGUUCUUCUGGUUUGGUGAGUGAUAAGUUGGAUGAAGUAGUGGAGCAAUGUGUUAAGUUUGAACCGUGGACUGGACAAUCUUCCAUCAUUCCCACUAAACCAAAUCACACUCAGUAUGGCAAAGAUCCAGCAUUUUUCUUUCCUCAAGACUCAAACCAGCAAAAGCUGCAGGGAUGUCCUAAUGUCAAAGAUCUAGGAAUUAAUGAAGGGAAUGGUCUCUGUGAAGGCCUCAAUGUGGAUGAUGUUCAAUUAAACUUUGAAACUACUGCUGAAAUAUUUGACUGCUCUCAAGGUGCCCCAAGAUACCAGCUUGAAGGUGGAGAAAUGGACUGUUUGUUAAUGGAUAAUAAGAACAUAAUAGUCACAAAAUCUAAAAGUCUUCUUGAGAGCACCAUGGAGGCAUCAUCGUCAGUCCAACAAGAUUGUGUGGCUUUUUCACCAUCCGGGGCCGGCGGCUCCUCUAGUGUGAUGCAGAACAUCAACAGCAAUGCAAACUGUGCACUAAUGACUCCUAGCUGCAACAGAAACAUCAAUCUGGGAUUUCCUCAGGGUCAAAUUCCUUCAAACAUACCAAUUCAAUUACCCAACAUUUCUGGUGAAAACAAUGCUACUGAAUAUCAAGAUUGUGGGCUAUCUUCAAUGUUUCUGCCAGGAGAAUCCCCUUGGGAAUCGAGUUUGGAGAGUACAUGUCCACAAGCAAGGGAUAAAGCUAAGAUGAGAUACCAUGAGAAAAAGAAGACUCGAACGUUUGGUAAGCAAAUAAGAUAUGCGUCUCGCAAAGCGAGAGCGGAUACCAGAAAACGUGUGAAAGGAAGAUUUGUUAAAGCAGGUGAAGAAUAUGAUUAUGAUCCUCUUCUGACACCAGAAACCUAAGCAUAUUAUCAGCAAUCACUGUCUUUUACAUGCAAGAUAUGGUUCUGAUUCUAAUUGGUUAGGUUGUUUGAGACUCUGAGACUGAGACACUGUCCUUUACAAUCACCUUCUGAUAAAGAAUAAAAGGGAAACUGGUGUUUGGCAAAGCAACUAUAUUCAACCUCAAUUUUUCUGCUUUCAGCUUGGAUGAGAUGGGUCCUAGACCUUCACAAAAUAAAAAACCACUCUCUCAACUUCAACCAUUGUCCAAGGACAGGAACUUCUUGAUUUUUGAGACACAUCAUUUAUUCCAUUUUCAUCAGAUUAGAGAGCAAGCAUAUGGUCAAUUGUGGAUUGGAAUACUAUUGUUCUUGACUUGAUUGAAGCCAGUUUCUCCUGCAGGAUAAACCACAUGCAUCUUUGGCAACCUAAGUCAUUUUUUCUGUGACUUAGUUUUCUACUGCCUCACUUAUGUCAUUUUCUAUUGCUCAUUAUUUUCUUUGGGAACAGUAGCUAUUUUUCAAUAAUUUUCCAACAUGGUGGUGUACAAACAUUGUUUGCCACUUUGUCUGCCUUCAAGGGAAGUUGAUUUAUCCUAUGAAGCUUGUUUUGCAAAAAUUCAAUGCAGGAAUUACCAGCAAUGAUUGUCUAUUACUGUUUUUAUUCAUUGAACAUGAGAAUAAAUUCAGUAGAA